GCGGCCGUGCAGCAGCGAGUGGGUGGCAGGGCGGCCGUGCAGCAGCGAGUGGGUGGCAGGGCGGCCAUAUAGCAGCGACAGGUGGCAGGACGGCCGUGCACCAGCGUGUGGUGGCAGGGCACCAGGCAGCGGUCAUGGUCAGUGUCACACCAACAGUGGCAGAGGGCAGAAGUACAGGUGCUGCAGCAGCGUUGAUAUCUUAGUGUUCACUGUUCAACUGCAGACGACCAGCUUCAUACCAGGGGGUCUGUGUUCAAGGUCUGCUCUUCACUUUUUAUGAGUAGUUAGAGGUCAUGAUGUGUGGUGGGUGUUUGUGGGUGCUGAGUGUGGCACUAAUAUUCAGGUGGUUAGCACAUGGUGCUGUCCCUCCACCCAUACGUCCCUCCCCCAACACCAACUACAAGAAGCAAGGUAGCAAGAGUCAUGCAGACCAGAUGCUGGAGCAGUUGCUGACUCAGGAGGAAGUCCAUAGACUGAUGGAGGGUUCUUUCUACCCAUCAUAUGUGAACCAUGGUAAUGCAGUGCACAUCCAGGGCCAGUCCCUCCCUUUGGCAUCAUCUACUGCACCACCCAGUCACUCAGACAACCAGCAGUACACCAGCUCACUUAAUCCUCAUUACCUGCACUCUUCACUAUACCAACAACCUUCACCAUCAAAUAUUUAUUCAUUAGGACUGCACAGGCAACCAAGUGAUAAUGCUAAUUUAUCAAGAAUUAAUUCCAAACUGAUGACAGAUGUGGCCUUGGCUCUCCUAAGUGCUCAAAAUGCAUCACAUACAGAAAAUUCUGAGACAGGACAAACUUCAAAUCAACACCCAGAUUCUCAAUACCAUCACGGUAUGCACAGUCACUCUCAUUCUCAUCUACAGAGGAAAACGAGUCAGAGUACACAAAAGCAAAGUGAUCACCAUUCUGAACUGAACCAAAAAGGACAGCUUUCAGCUCCACAAACAGGUGAGGUGAUGUCACAUGGGCAGUCAUCAGCUUCAUACAAUGAUGGAGACAUUGCAUUCAACACCAUCAGAAAACCAAUAUCUACUGUUCCUAUAGGAAAUACUGUAAAUAUACACAUGCCUGAUAGUUCCAACAGCCUACACCAAAAAAAGAAAGCUGAUAUGGCUGAUAUCUUGACCAACCUCCAGAUUCUCACCAUCCUAAUGAAUCAAGAACAUCUGCAACAACCAUCUCCAUUGCCCCAUUUUCAAAUAACAACUGUUGGUACUGUCAACAGUGGAAACAAUCUCAUGAAGCCAUCAGAUAAUGUGCCAACACAAAUUCCUUCCCAGUAUCAAGAUCUGCCCUUGCAGGAGGAGAAGAAACAGGAGCAUCACAAAGUGGGCUCUGUAUUACCUCCUGGAGUUGUACCCACACCUUUGCACCAGGCUGGCAUAUACCAGAUACAAGCACGACACAAUGGGCAAGAGCCAGAGCCAAAGAAUUACUACACUUAUGCAAGUCAAUUCCCCUUCAUCGUUAACACCUCUGAGGAGACAUCCUCAGUAACCUCACUACACAAAUCAAGUAUUAAUCUCGUGAACUCUGAGGGUGACAAUUCAUCAGGCCCUGACUUUAAUCCCAAACCAGUGAUGCCUUUCAAGACACCACCUGUCAGUAUCCCAAGGUUCACCACAGAGAGAGCACCCAAUUUUCACCUCAGCAAUUCGUUUAAUCCAUCAGCCUCUGGUAAUGAUUUGCCAUAUUACCAGAUAACAAAACCUUUGUUUUAUGAUGAAAAAUUUGUACACCAAGACACAGCAACUGCUCUACCAACAAACUAUGAAAAUGCUGACAUUGACAAAUUGAUUCACCAGUUCUCUCACCAGGUCAUCUCACACACUCGCACUGCUCCUGUUCCAGACCCUGGAAAACCUCAGACAGAGCAAGGCCUAAACACAAUACUCAAACAGCUUGAGAAUCUUAGUAAAUCCCUUGAAAUGUUGAAAAGGAAAUACUUAAAUGAAAAACUUUCUAGUUCACCAUAUCCAAUUUUGCAAAAUGAUCCAGUCAACAAUUUUAGCAGUGAGGACCUCUUUCUUGCCAGUCUGUUACAGUCUCAGAUGUUACAGCAGUCUACACCACAACAGGCAAGCAUCAUCAGCACAGACAAGCCCUACAUCCCAGCUAUCCACAGUGAAACAUUCAUUCAGAUGGAUGACCCAAUGCCCCCUGCACCACCACCAGUGGAAGCUGACCUUAGCUCCCUGCCACAAGCUGACUCUGGGGGUGGUGGUGGUGGUGGUGGUGGUGGUGGUGGUGGUGGUGGUGGUGGUGGUGGUGGUGGUGGUGGGGGUAGUAGUGGACUUGAGGACUGCAUGAAGAGCAAAUUGUGCUCCAUUUUCAUUGCCUGUCUAGUGGCAACUGGGACCACUGCAGCCUUUACUAUACCUCUCCUUACACCACUCUUCACUGUCCUUGGAAAGCGACGAAGAAGAAAUACCUCUUCUUCAAUUAUGAUUCCUCAAAACUCUGUGAAAAUCAUAGAGUCCUUUCUUGGUGAGCAGCCAGAGGAAGGCUUUACUGAUGACUUGAAACAUGUUUACAGCUCAUUUAUGACCCCUGAGAAUGAGAACAGUAAAAUAAUUAUGGAUAAUAUCUUGAACUACUUUAUCCAUAACAAAGAAUAUCUGCUAAAGGCUGCAUCAUGCAAAAUUGAAAGCCUCUCUCUCAAGCAUAUACCAAAAGAAUUCCUGGAUAAGGUAAAGAGAAGUGACUCACACAAGUUAUUGGUAUCACUAAAGAAAAUUUUGGCAAUGCAAGAUGAGACAGUUACCAAGAUAACACCUGAUCAAAUAGACACUGUAAUGGGAAGUCAUCAUAGUGUUGUACAGCAGACCAUACUGAGUGGCAAUACCACUCAUAUAAAAGAUGAAUUAGCAAUAAAGAAUUCCACAAGAGUGGUCACAUUGGUACCAAAUUUAAACAUUAUGCUGAAAAGCUGCACUAAAAAGCACUUUCAUCGCCCAAACCCAAUAAACAGGACAACUCAUGGUGAAGUUAAAAAAUUAAUUAAUCCACUUGACAUUCUUCCUGUUAAGUAUGAUGAAGUCCCAGGAAUAGACAGUGCCCACCAACAGAAUAGCUUUUCAUUUUUAACUCAACAGAGAAGAGACAGCAACUCUUCAAUGAAGGAACAGAAUACACCAAUUCAACCUGGUAAAAGUGGCAUAAGAAGUGAACAAUAUCUUUCAGAGAGUGAUGAUGUGAUUUUUCAAGAAAUAUUGCCAAUGACACGAAACCCUACUGGCCAGCUGCCAGUAGUAAGCAGUACUCCAGAUCACUCACCAAAUCUUGGCAAUCGCAGAACUCCAAAAGUCACCAGAUAUUCUACAAAAAAUGUUGCUUCAGUUGAAUCUGAGUCAGAGUCCCUAAUAAGAUCCUCUGUUAUGUUUGAGGAAUCAGAGCAGCAUUUAUCUUCACACUCAACCCCUAACACACCCAGUAAUCAAAAUCAAAGCAUUUAUCUUCAGCCACCUGGAAAUCUGCCAGGAAGAAACCAAAAAGUGCCACCACCUUCUGGUGCUGCUAAAGCCCCUGGCAGCUUCAGCAAACUAGUGGACUUCUACAAAUUAGUAUGCAGAACUCUCACUGAGCCAGACAUUCCUAAAACAGAAAUCAUCAACUUCAUAGCUCAAAGGUGCAUUUUAAUGGCUUAUGCAGGCUUACUCAGCUGAGUAAAUAAAAUAACAUGAAAACAGUAAAAGCACAGAUUAAGUAUUAAUUUUAAGAUAAAAACAAAAUACUACUAUUAAUGAAUGAAAAACUGCCAUUAAAUUAAACAACUUAACCCUUAAACUGUCCAAACAUAGAUCUAUGUUUUUUCAACAUUUUGAAAGUAUGUAAAAAAAGUAAUUUUUUUUUUUUUUUUACAUUUGAAAACGUGUAAAAAAACUUUGAUCUGUUUUUUUUUGUUAUAUUUGAAAAUAUGUAAAAAAAAAGUAGAUCUACUUUUGGAGCACUACACAUGUGAACAUAGAUCAGCUUAGACAGUUUAAGGGUUAAAUUCUGCAGUAAUAUAUAAAAGUUGUGCUUUUUUGCCAUGAUUUAUCUAUGACUGCAUAAGUGAUUUUUUAUUAUAAUAAUAUCUAGAGGACAGUUUGCUUCUAUGACUGCCCUCAAGGGAAGUUCCUUGAUGCUGCUGAGGGGCUUUUGAUCCAAGGAAGUAGACCUGAGCUGCUCUUCCUUCAAAUGAACCUAACUGCUUCACAUUCCCUGAGGUACUCUGUAUAUAUGUAUGUAUGGACAUACAGCAGGGAUGUGUAAGCAUGUUACAUAGGAGUGAGUGGAGACAAGUGAUUUUUGGGAUUUGAUGAGCUGUUGGAGUGUGAGCAGGUCAGUAUUUUAUGAAGGGAUUCAGGGAAACCGGUUAGCUCGACUUGAGUCCUGAAGGUGGGAAGUACAGUCUGUGCACUUUAAGAGAGGUGUUUGGGACAUUUGCUGUUUAGAGUUACAUCUAAACUGUUGUAUAUCUGUGCCUCUGCAAAGAUAUUGACAGUGUGAAUGAUGAUGAAAGUGUUUCUUUUUUUUUUUUUCCUUUUUGGUCACUCUGCCUCGGGUAGAUACAGCUGGUUUGUUAAAAAAAAAAAAUACACAGCUUUUCCUCACUUAACGUCAGAGUUCCUUUCCUAAGACUACGUUGGUAAACGAAUUCAUCGCUAAGCAAGGAGCACACUUUAAUGGUAGUGGGUUUGUUUCAACCAUCUUUGACAUUGUCUUAAUGUCACCUUUCCACCAUUUAUAACAUUUUUAGUAUAUUUUUAAAUGACUAUACAGUAGUGCACUGUAUAUUGUAAUAAACAGAAUAAAGGAAAUCAGCUCUAAUAUACAGUUGCUGUCUACCAACUUACUACAGGUUGGCCAUCACUAAUCCUGGUUCUAUCAGUAAUCUGGCACUAAUUUUGGGUAGCAUAAUUUCAAAUUUCUGGGGUGGCUACACCAACCUGCCACUACUGUUUGGUGGCACUACUUGCUGCAUAAGUCAUUCCAACUUCUAUUUUUCCAUUUAUUGUUAUAAGCUGCUCACUUUUAGCCCUAGCCAUUGUUCCAACGAAAAAAAGAAAUGUUUCUCAUUGUGUACAGCACAUACACCAUACAUCGUCCAUAAAAGAUAAGGUGGCUUUGAAGCCACGGUUGGUCACCAUGAGCUCAGCUCACUCAGAUAAGCUGUAUUUAGUAAAUUUGGGCCUACAUAUGAGAGAAUAGGUCUGUGUGGUAAGUGUGCACUAUAUAAAAAAAAAACCUGUAGCAUGCAGUGCAUAGUGAGAAAAAAAUGCAACCGUAUUUUUGGUGUAAAACAGCGACUUUGCAGUGUAUUUUCAUGUUUUUUUUUUUUUUUGGUCUCAUUUGAUAGAAUGGAAAAUAUAUUACAGAAAUAGAUAUGAUUUUGAUUGGUUUCACAAAGCAAAGUACCUUGAAAUUGAGCUGUAAGAAGAAGAAAUGUUCAAUUUUUGCCAAUGAUCAAGAGUAAACAAAUGAUGUCACUGUCCAAUAUGUGUCCAAAUAGCUGGUCUAAGAUGCAGUGGAAAUGUAAACAUAUGCAGUAUAAUGUGAUCACAUUAUACUGCAUAUGUGUUUUUAUUUCCAUUGUGUUAGUAUUUUAUACCAUUUAUUUCUAAGAUGCAGUCAUGAAUGGGUUGACAUUAUAUAUGCAAUUAUUACAAUAAUGCAGUAAUCUACAUAAGAGUACGUAAAUCUAUUUUUUAUGUGAAUAAAAAUUAAAAAUGUAAAACAAGCAUAAUAUAAGAGGGGCCUGGAGACAUGACUUAUGAACAUAGAAAAUGUUAUUUUAGUGCCAGAAAUGUCUGCAUUGUUUAUUAUGGACCUUAUUUUGAAACUGGCAUCUCUUGAAAUUUGUUCAAAAUUGGCCAAAUUACCAAUUUCUGACCACUUUAUUGGGUAGUUGAAAUAGGUAAAUGGGCAGUUUCUUAUACUCAACAGAAGGAAUACUAGUGAAAUAACUAUGAGUUUGAUAGACUGGAACAAUGGAAUUUGCCAAAAAUAGGGCGUAAAGUGGGUGAAAUUGCCAAUGCGUAAAUAUCGCUGUUGGGUUAAGUGUAUUCUAACGUAACCACUCUAUAAUCCGGUAAAAUCACUAAUCCGGCACCAUACAGGUCCCAAUGGUGCUGAAUCAGUCAUGGUCACCCUGUACCUAGGAGAUAUAAUAUAUAUACACCUACCAUCCGACUUACGACCUGCUCGACAUACGACCACUCGACUUAUGACCGUGUUUUUUAUGCCAAAUUUCUGGGAAAUAAACAACUAUUUGUGUUGUACACAGUGUUUAUCCUAAACCUUACAGUAUAAAAUACAGUGCUAACAACAUAAAAAGUAAAGUAAAACAUGGAAUACCAUAAUAAAACAAUAAAAUAAAGUCAUUACAAAAAUGUUUUGUUGAUAUUCAGUAGUAAAGUUCGACUUACGACCAUUUCGACUUACGACCGGUUUCUCGGAACCGAACUCAGUCGUAAGUCGGAUGGUAGGUGUAUAUAUAUUUUUUUUUUUCAACA